AUGGAGCAGGCACGCUCCGUGUCCACGAUGGUCUCGCUCCCAGCGAUCCAGGCCAAGCAGCAGCGUCGGUCACUCGUCGCUGUCGCCGCCUUGACCGCUCGCGACCUGCAGGGCAGGUCGCUGGAGCAGCUGCGUGCCAUGGCCCGCCAAAAGGGUAUCGUUGGCAGCAACAAGGCCCAGCUCAUUGCCGCCCUCACUGGCGGUGCCUCCGCAGCCACGCCCGCGGCGUCGUACAGCCGCGCUGCUGCGGCUGUGUCGGGCGACGAGGCCCUCCUGCAGAGCAAGACUCUGGGUGAGCUGCGCGCGCUCGCCUCCGCUAAGGGUCUCCGCGGUGACACCAAGGCGGAGAUCAUCAAGCUGCUCCUGAGCGUUGGCGGCGUCACCCCCGCCCCGGCUGCGCCCGCUAUUUCCUUCUCCGCUGAGGCGCUUUCCCCCGUGGUCCCCAACACCCAGUCUAUCUCCGACUACCAGCGCCGCCUCCAGACCAAGCCCAUGUCCAAGCUGCGCGCCGUUGCACGCAUGCGCGGAGUCUCGGGGACCACCCGCGCGGAGCUGGUCGCGGGGCUUCUCGCGUACCACGGCGGUGCUUCCGCCGCUGGCGCUCCCGCGUCCGCGGUGCAGGGUUUCGCGCAGGACAAGCCCGAGAUUGUCGGCCAGCUAGAGAGCCUCGCCUUGAGCGAGCUGCGCGCGCUCGCUAAGGCGCGGGGAGUGCGCGGAGACACCCGCAAGGAGCUCAUCAAGCUCCUGACUGGCCCCGCCGCUCCCAAGGCUGCUGCCCCCGCUUCCUACACCAACGGCAGCGCCGUGGCCUCGUCGUCGUCCUCGUCCUACACCCCGUCGUACUCCGCCCCCGCGUCCUCCUCCGCGCCCGCUCUCCCUAGCGCUAGCAUCCUCGCCACGAAGUCGCUGGCGCAGCUGCGCGCGAUUGCCGCCCAAAGGGGUAUCCGCGGUAACACCAAGCAGGAGCUGGUGAAGGCUCUGACCUCUUGGGCAAUGGGGAUGUGGAAGUUGGGCAAUGGAGAUGUGGAAGAUGGCAAUGGGGGUAUGGAAGAUGGGAAUGGGGGUAUGGAAGAUGGGAAUGGGGGUAUGGAAGAUGGGAAUGGGGGUAUGGAAGAUGGGAAUGGGGGUAUGGAAGAUGGGAAUGGGGGUAUGGAAGAUGGGAAUGGGGGUAUGGAAGAUGGGAAUGGGGGUAUGGAAGAUGGGAAUGGGGGUAUGGAAGAUGGGAAUGGGGGUAUGGAAGGAAAGCACGUGGCACGGCAUCAGCACAUUGAGAUCCGGCACUCUCAGACACAUGCCGUCCUCUGA